GAUGGUGGAAUUGUUAAUCCACUUUAAAUUCUUUCCUAAGAAUCUUAAGCUCCUUCAAAAUAUUUUCUCGACGACGAACGGCUUUCAAGAGAAACUCGGCGAAGAUGGAAGAGGAUAACAACGGCGAAGCUUAUGAAAUUCAAAAGUUGUAGAAUUUGGUCCAUUGGAAAACAGUUGCGACAAAGAUUGUCGAAGCAAAUAAGAACUUGAAAGCGUAAGGACGAGUCAAGGUUAAUUAUGGUGGCCAAUGGUUUGCAGCGCUUAUGCUAUGAUGUGGUUCUAUGCAAAUCUGCCUGGGGGAAAUCGACUUCUUGUCCAGCUGGGGAAUACUAGUAUGUACAUGUGAUAAUCAGAGGUCAUAUAGUGUUGAUAGACAUUGAAUUCUAAUCAAAAUCAGAGAUUGUGCCUGCAACAAAGAACUACCAGUCGAUCUUACAAAUUCUGCCUUAGAUCUACAUGCCGAAAGAGGAUCUGCUGCAGAGCUUGCUGAAUAAAAGCUUACAUGUCCCGUCACGGAGGAGAACCGAGUCUCUGAAAUCCAAGUGGAUGUCUCGUCAUGUCCGAGCUGAUCAUAUCUAAGAUGAAUGCAAGUUGGAACAAGUUUUUCAUGCUAAUUUUUACCCCACAUGGAGACGGCAGACAACCUCCAUAUGGUUCGCUUCCCACGUAAGAGUUUGCACCAUCCCUCUUUCUUCAUCCUUCAAGGUUAAACUUGACGAAUGAAAUCUCGUGAUCUAUCAACAUUAUUAAUAGGAUAAGCAAUGGAAGAAAUGAGAAGGUAAAAUUCUAAAGACACCCCCGUGUAACGCGGUUACUCACCUAGUUUGAUGUAAUGUUUAGUUACGGGGGUUAUAGCAAAACGGCGAGAUACCAGCAAUAUGCAAUAAUCAGAGAAAGAAGAUAUCUUCUGCAUAAAUAUUUUUUUUUUCUUUUUAAUCAGUCUAAAAAGUGGUGUUAUUUAAGACCUUACGAUUUUAAAUUAGGUAGGUGUAAUUCUGUUUUUCGGUUGAAUUCAAUUCCAUUCUGUUCAAACUUUUCUGGUUUAUAAAACUGAUUAAAAUAGAAAGUAAUUUUGUCAAUUUGAUUCUAUUCGGUUAAAGAAAUUCGGUUGGAUUUUGUUCAAAUCCAAUCUGGAUUGAAAAUAGAAAUAGUUAUUGUGUUUUUUCACCGAAGAUUUUAACUUUAGUUGAUAUUGCAAUUAACUUUGUCUAAACAUAUAUGUACAAUCAAAAGUUGAAGUUUCGAUGAAUUAGUUUAUUCAGUAGGAUUAUUUAUUUGUAUCGAUAAACUCAGUUUAGUUUAGAAUCGACGAAUUCGGUUUGGUUUGCUUAAUUCAACUCACACACGUCGUGCUGUUUUAAAAUUUAAACAAGAACUUCGUGCUGUUUACAUCUUUGCUUCUUUGGGAGAAAGAAGCGGGAAAGUAGAUGAUAAACCCUAGGAGAGAGGAAAAAAGGGGAAGGAAAGAGAGAAGGAGAUGAGUCAUCAUCAUGCUGUGGAUAAUCUGAUCAAUGUUUUCGCAAGAGCUUCUCAUGAUCUAAAUGAUGUCCAUUUCAAGCUCGACAAGGAGUUCCAGCAGAUCUAUCCUGAAAAUGCGAAUCCGAUGAAGCUGGUUCAGCGAAUCAAGAAGUUACAGGAAGAUGUGACUGUCCUCAAAGACCAAUGCCUAGAGCUAUUGUCCGCUAAACAGGAUUUGAUUGACAAGGCGCAGACAACACUUGUUGGAAACUAUAACCUUAUUCAGAAAAUGAAUGCAUCCUUGGGAGAGUCAACAAAUGGCGAUGCGGAUGAUGCAUUAGCUGAUUUUAAUCAGAUCAUUGACGAGUGGACAAUGCAAGUUAGAUCAAGAACAGUGGGAGAGACGGAGGAGGCAGAUAAAGAAGACAUCAAUAAGUUACUUUUCUCAGCUAUUGUUCAUAGCAAUUGAGUUAUGUAGAUGUUCAUGGUUCUGUUCAGAGUUACACAACUUCUACUACAUGUAAUUUAAGCUGUGCUUUGGAUUGUGUAUCUAAGAUCACCACAUAAUUUU